GUUUUUGUAGGUGCAACUUUGUCUUAGCAACAGGAGCUGCAAGAAAUGACAGAUGAAGUGAGCUGAGAGCCUGUGCUGCUUUAGUGACAUUUGCCCCUGAUAGAUGGUUGAUGAAGAUGUACUGUAAAAAGUGAGCUUGUGUAAUAGGCACUGAUAAAAUGUUAAUUAAACCACAGGUACAGCUGGCCCAGCUCAUUUCUAAAGGGACCUCUGGUUUUGGAAUUGGAAUCUGGAGUUUUAGUGAGUGAAAACCCAAACCCAGAUCUGCUUACUAACCAUUUCCACUGGAAUCUACCAGAAGACAGAAUCCCUCAGGAGAAGAGAUAGUACUAAGAUUAGAGCUGCUGCUCUUCUGUGCUGGAGAAAUCUGGAGAUUGAAGCUAAUUCCUGUAGCUUCAAUUCCAUCCUGCUGGUAGCAGGGCCACCAUGCCAGGGCAAUCAGCAGCUACAUGGGACUCUGGUCCCAGGAAGUUGGAUCAGCUGGAAGAGUGGCUCCAGAGGAAAUGAGGCUUUAUCUGCUUUUUCUCCUCUGAUACAACUUGCAGGAGUUGCUCUUUGCAGUCUGUAUCUGAUCAACAUCUCUGAAAAUCUCAGAACUGAGGAUGAAACAUGAACUGCAAAACUCUCACUUGACCUUGGGGAGCUUAGGCUGGUGGGAGGAACACUGGGAAGCUCAGGUUUGGUCUAUAAUCUGAUCUAUGGUCGUCUUGAUAGCUACAAUUUGAUUACUGCAAAGUGCUUUUUCUAUAAAGAAAGAUUGUCAGAAGAUGCUGUACAUUUUUCAAAGCAGCUUUCUAACAUGCAGUGCUGAAAUGAUGGAAUUAUGGGUAUUAUUUUCUUUACCUGAAAACUGUAAAAUAUUUGAGUGAAAUUGUAAAAGCAGCCAGAGAAUCUCAUCAUUUUAAUUGCACAGUUUCAGUGCUUCUAGCAGGAAAUGUACAGCAUGUGACAAUUCAGCUUUGUAAGUAGAUCAAUAGAACAGAUUAGUUCAGUUUUUACAGAAGUUGCAAAUACUAGAGAGAUAGUGGCAUCAUGGUUUGUAAACCUUAAACCACGCUUUCCUGCACAGCAAUCUGCAAAGAUAGUCUCCUCUGUAAAGCAGGUAUGUGAUUUUCAGCUGCAAGGAACUUUUUUUUUUUUCCACAGGGGCUACAUGAAUGUUUGAUCGUGCAUCCUGUGUUUGCCCUCUGGUUUGCACUUGAGUGAUUGAGUGUUUUGUGAAGUGUAGGGCUUGUCAUGAGCCAUUUUGUGACUCUUCAUGUUUUCAGGGCCAGACUUCAGCCAGCAGGAAUGGAGACUCUGGAUCUGUUGUGGAAUUGUUUGGUGUGCAAAUGGGAGCUGCGGAGGAGGGAGCCCAGAAUGCUCCCCUGCCUCCAUUCCUUCUGUAAGGACUGCCUUCCAGGUUUGAUCCAAGGAUACAGCUGUGUUCCCACUGAGUAUGAAGUUCUCUAUGAAGGUAUCCUUUCCUGCCCUGUGUGCAAACAGACCUGCUUUGCAAGGGAUGUAGUUGAGAAUUUCUUCCUCAAGGACUUUCCCAUUGGUGAUUCAGCUAUGGCAAAGAGCUGCUCCAGGUGCAAAGAGAAGAGACCUGCUCACAGUCUCUGCACAAGAUGCAAUAAGUGGUUGUGCAGCUCAUGCACAGAGGAGCACAGGCAUGGCCAGGAACCUGGAGACCCCUUCCUGUCCUUAUCCCUGAAAGGCUGCACAGCAGCUGAAGAUGAAGGAAGGGAGUUUUCGUUGUUCUGUCCAGUGCACUCUCAAGAGGCACUGAAGGUGUUUUGUGAGACAUGUGACACCCUCACCUGCCGCAGCUGCCUCCCGUCAGAGCACAAGGAGCACAGGUUCAGGCAUCUUGAUGAAGCUCUGCAAAAUCAGAGAAUUAUCCUGGAGAAUGUCAUAACUAAGGUGGAGGAGAAAAAAAAUGGGAUUCAGGUUUCAGCUAAACAGAUUGAAGACAGGUUGCUUGAAGUAAAACAUCUGUACAAAAAGGUGGAAAACCAAAUAAAAAUGGCCAAGAUGGUUCUGAUGAAUGAAAUCGAUAAACGAACAAAUAUCCUCCUUGAACAACUGGAAAAAAUCACCAGUGAGAGGAAGCAGAGGCUGGAGCAGCAGCUGCAAGGUGUUGUGGUCUUAGGCAGACAGGUAGAACAUGUUCAGAACUUCAUCAGCUGGGCCGUGUGUAGUAAAAAAACCAUCCCAUUUCUCUUCAGUAAGGAACUGAUUGUGUUUCAGAUCCAGCGCUUGUUGGAGACAAACUGUAACACAGACACUGGCCCCCCUCUGAAGAUCAGGUUUGCUUGGGAUCCCUCCUACUGGACUAAGCAACUCUCCAAUUUGGGGGGUUUCACAAUGGAAGGUGGACACAUAUCUCACCCAGAUGUGCUAAUCUGUGGAAAUAUUCAAGGGUUACAACCCUCUCUGUACCAUGGGCACCACUCCCCAGCCUCCCAGCUGGAGAGCAGCCAGCCACACCAGUUCCCACCUGCGAUCCAGUGUUCUGCACCCAUGUGCUGCUCCCACUGCCUCAGCAUUCCUCACCCAAACAAAGCUCAGCCUUCUUACCAAGACACGAACCACCACAAGAACUUCCACCAGCCUCCUGCACUUCAUCAGCAGCACUUCCCUCUGCAGUACAGCUUGCAGCCCCAGGACAGAGAGCCACGGGGUGCCCCCCAGCCUGUGCCCCCCAGCCUGAAGCUCCCGCAGGCUGGGCUGGAGCAGCAGCCACACUCGGAGCUGGACAACAUGUCCGGGAGGGUGGCAAAGUCCUUCCCACCCCAGCAACUGCAGCAGGGUUGUGCUGGUGUGUCCCACGAGACUCAGCAGGUUCCCAUGAGCCACCCACAGGCUUCUCUGCAGACAUCAGCUGUGGGAGUGCAGCUGGGCCAUGCCCAGAAGACAAAAUCCAACCACAUGCUGCAGCCACCCCCACAGCAGCAGCAGCUGCCACUGGCAUCCCCCUCGGCAGGGCACAACGAGAACACCCACAAGCAAGUCAUCCAGCAGAGCCUGGACAUCAUGCACCAUCAGUUGGAGCUGGAGGAGAUGAAAAAGGAUCUGGAGCUUCUCCUGCAGGCCCAGGGACAGUCCAGCUUGCAGUUGAACCAAGCCAAGCCACCUCAGCAUGUUCAACAGACUAUAGUUGGUCAGAUCAACUACAUAGUGAGACAGCCAGCCCCAGCACAGCAACAAGUCCAAGAUGAAGCACAAGUCUGUGAGAGCUCCACAGAAGCUGAUGCCCAGAAGCCUGUAAUUUCUCUUGAUAAAAGUGACAAUCCCUCCCUGUCACAAUCACUAGAUGAAGCAGCCAGUGGCAGGAGCCACUCCCCUGAGAGCACACUGCAGCAAUCAACUUUCCAUCCAGUGAGAAAGCAUUCAGCAUCCCCAAGCUCUGUGGGCUUUCCAAACUGUACAGAAAUGGAAUUAUCUCCGACAAGGUUAUCCAGCUCGGCUGACACAGAGGCUAAAGGUGCAGCUGCUGUGACACUUGGCCCGUCCCCAGAUGCCCUCUGUGAGUGUGACACUGCACCAGAGCCCCUGUCUAGCUACAGCCUGGCUCUGGGCAGGGUUCCCAGUGACCUGAGCCCUGGGGCUCCUGCUGGCCUUACACCAGGUGAUGCACUCCAGGGAGGCACUAAAUGCAAGCUAGAAAAUGAAGACUUCAGUGCUGUGGAUUGUCUUCUAGAAAACAGCUUCGCUUCUGCUGGGCAAGAGGUAGUUAAUGAAUUAACUCUUUCUAUGCAAAAAGUGAUGGAAGAACCUAUUAAUCUUUCAAUCAAAAAGUCUCAGCAUUGCACUUCUCCUUCUGAACUGCUCAGCAACACUUCUUUCCUGCCUGUGAAUGCCAGAAUGAGACAACCUAGAAGCAAAGAAGAUUCCAAUAACUGUGAAAAGGAAGAUUUUGAAAUGGAUAUGAAAAGCAAUCAGAAUGUCAGAGCUGCCCCAAAGGAGCAUAAGAUCCCCUAUGUGCGGCUGGAACGUCUGAAGAUAUCUGCCUCAGAAGUGGGGCAGCUGCCGGUGUUUAAGCUCCAGCCACAGGACAAUGAGCAGGAUGGCAAUUUCCUCCUGGUAAUUGAGUGUGGGACACGGUCCUCAAGCAUGUCUAUAAAGAUAAAUAAAGAUAGUCCAGCUGAAGGACACAACUUCAAAGAGGAGAACUCAGAGGACAGGAGAUUUCUCAUCUCCCAGGCUGUAGGACAGACACAAUCUCCAUUUGUUGAUCAGAAGCUCAGCAAUGGCAUCUCCAGCAUGAAAAAAUCCCCAGUUACUCAGGAAGUCAGUCCAAUUGAAAAUGAGGAUUUCUGUGCUGUGUGUCUUAAUGGAGGAGAACUGUUGUGCUGUGAUCACUGCCCCAAGGUCUUCCAUCUCUCCUGCCAUGUUCCAGCCCUGCUCAGCUUUCCAGUGGGAGAAUGGGUGUGCUCGCUUUGCCGUAACCCAGUGAAGCCAGAGGUGGAAUAUGACUGUGAAAACACACGCUACAGCCACAGCUGCAAUGCACAAUAUGGCCUUGGGGACUGUGACCAGAAGAAGUGUGAAAAGCUGGUGCUCUCCCUGUUCUGCAGCAGUAUGAGCCUCCCGUUCCAUGAACCUGUCAGUCCCCUGGCUCGGCAUUAUUAUCAGAUCAUCAAAAGGCCAAUGGAUUUGUCCACCAUACGAAGGAAGCUGCAAAAAAAGGACAAGUCCCACUACUCUGCACCUGAGGAACUUGUGACUGACGUGCGUCUCAUGUUUUGGAACUGUGCAAAGUUCAAUUAUCCAGAUUCCGAGGUUGCUGAGGCUGGACGGUGCCUGGAUGAGUUCUUUGAGGACAAAUUGAGAGAGAUCUAUCCAGACAGGCAUUUCCCUUCAAUGCAACAGGAUGACUCUGAUUCUGAAGACGUGGAGAGCCACAACAGCCAAGUGCCAUCUCAGGAUUUCCAGUGGCCGUCGUACGGGCAGGAAUGCGUGCAGCCCAAAAGGAAGCGGCGCCACGCUGAAAGCGAAAAAACUAAAAGAGUGAUGUUUCAGCCAGCUAACAGCCUUCCUCAGGUAUGACCUCCUCAAGAUACGAGAUUUGAGGAAUCCAGCAGCGUGCCUGGCAGAGUUAAGGUGUGUGGGAGGAAAGCAAAGCACUCGGGCUGUUUAUUGAAACUCUCCUAUUCUGCUGACCAUAUGCCUUACUUCUAGAUCCAAAAUGUUAAAAUCUGUCAAUAUCCCAUCCCAGUUAAAUUACAUAUAUGUUUCGCAGUGUUUACACUGAAGUACUAAUGUCUUGGUCAUAGGUAAUGAUAAAUAAAAAUAACAUACUAAUGAUACCUCAUACUGCUGUACUAUGUUUCAUAAUUGUUCAAUAUGACAUCUCGAUUUUAUAGAGCACAGGUAACCAUGUAAUAGUCUUGCAACCUCAGUGUGAAUGUUGGCCAUGCUUUAUGACAAAUACAACAUGUAGCCAUUAAAGCUGUAAUCCUGUUGUCUUAUUCAAUGA